AUGUUUUCAGUGGAGAGGUUUCGAGGUUUCGUCAACGAGCGGCUAACUGCUGCAGCUGAGGAAAUAUGGGACGUUUUUUCAACAGCUGUCGUCGAGUACGAGGCAGAGAUCAACCGUCAGCGCAGAAUGCUGGAUAUCGUUUGGAAACCUCACAUCCACUUACACAGAAUAGAUGUCCCACAUCAGCAGCUCUGUCACCAGGAGAGGAAGUCCAGUCUGGACCAGGAGGAGCCAGAGCCUCCACAGAUUAAAGAGGAGCAGGAGGGAGUGCAGAUCAAACAGGAGGAGACUGACACGUUGAUGCUGACUCCUACUGACGACGAAAGUGAGCACAGAGAAUCAGAUGGACAACAUGAACACCAGCUCCUUUCUCACAACUCUCAUGUUGCUGAGAAUCAAGAUCCCAAAGAGAACCAGCAGAAAGACUCAGAGAUAACUGGAAAAUCAAAACCAAGACAAGAGAGACACAGAAAAAACACAGACGUCCCACAGCAACAUGUGUUUAAGGAGGAGGAGGUUGUGACUGAGCAGCAGCUCUGCCACCAGAAGAGGAAGUCCAGUCUGGACCAGGAGGAGCCAGAGCCUCCACAGAUUAAAGAGGAGCAGGAGGGAGAGCAGCUCAAACAGGAUGAGACUGACACGUUGAUGCUGACUCCUACUCAGGAGGAAAGUGAGCACAGAGAUGCAGAUGGACAACAUGAACUCCAGCUCCUUUCUCACAACUCUCAUGUUGCUGAGAAUCAAAAUCCCAAAGAGAACAAGCAGACAGACUCAGAGAGGUUGUAUUCAUGUAAAGUAUGUGGAAAAGGGUUCAAAUAUAACUGUAUAUUUAAACAACACAUGAGAACACACACAAGUGAGAAGCCUUUCUCCUGCAGCAUCUGUGGAAAAAGAUUCUGUGUGAAAUCAAAUUUAAAUCAACACAUUUUUACUCACACAGGGACAAAGCAGCACACUUGUGGUACCUGUGGAAGAUCAUUCACACAGAAAGGUUCUUUAAAAUAUCACUUAAAAAUCCAUACAGGUGAAAAACCACAUACCUGCACAAUUUGCAACAAAUCUUUUAGACGUACAGGUGAUUUGACAGCCCACAUGAGAACACACACAGGUGAGAAGGCUUACUCCUGCAGCACCUGUGGAAAAAGAUUUUGCCAACAGUCAGAUAUGAAUAAACACAUUCGUACUCACACAGGGGAGAAGCCGUACACCUGUGAUACCUGUGGAAGAUCAUUCACACAGAAAAUUACUUUGGAUAUGCACAUGAGAGCACACACAGGUGAGAAGCCUUACUCCUGCAUCACCUGUGGAAAAAGAUUCAGUCAGAAAUCACAUUUGAAUGGUCACAUUCGUACUCACACAGGUAUCAAGCCGUACACAUGUGAUUCCUGUGGAAGAUCAUUUACCAGGAAACAUCAUUUGGACAGGCACCUAAAGAUCCAUGCAGACAAUAAUGUGUAA